AUGUCUGCUGAGGAACAACAAGCUAACACGUCGCUGUUGGAGCGCAUUCAGCGCCCCGAGGUGAGCAAGGAGACGGCGAAGAAGAUUUCUUUGAUUGAGGAGCAGUUUGCUAGGGCGGAGGUGGAGCAGUUGCGCCAGUCUACUCUCCUGCUUCGUCCUCUGUUCGAAAAGCGCAGCCAGGUCAUCGCCGAGCCGGAUUUGCGCGACACCUUCUGGACUCGUGUCAUGCUCAAUGCGCCCGCCGAGGUCGAGGAAUACAUCACCAUGACCGAUGCCACGAUUCUCGCUUCGACUCUUAAGAACCUGACCGUGGAGCGUUUCGAAAUCGAUGAGAAGGGCCAGGGCGAGCCCCGCAGCUUCCGCUUGACCUUUGAGUUCCGUACCGGCGAUGAGAACCCUUACUUUGAGAACGAGAAGCUCGUCAAGACCUUCUACUGGCGCAAGCAGGUCAUCACUACCCCCAAGGGUCACAAGCGCACUUGGGACGGUCUGGUCUCUGAGCCUGUCCGCAUCAACUGGAAGAAGGACCAGGAUCCUACCAAGGGUCUGCUGGACGCUGCUUGCGACCUUGCUGAGGCGGAGAAGAAGGGCGGAGACCGCAAGAAGCUGCCUGAGUUCACCAAGGUCCUUGAGAAGAAGGAUGAGAUUGAGGCUGCUGAGGACCAGGAGAUGGGUGAUGAUGAGGAUGAGCUCCCUGAGGAUGGCCCCGGUGGUAUGAGCUUCUUCGCUUUCUUCGGCUACCGUGGCAGCGAUGUCACUGCUGAGCAGUCUGAGACCGCGACCAAGGAGGACAACGAGAAAUUUGAGAAGCUUCUCAAGGGCGAGCCUGUUGAGGGCGAGAAUGAGGAGGAUGAUGACGAGGAUGACGACAUUGAGGAUGAGUUCGAUGACAUUGAGGUCUUCCCUGGUGGUGAGGAGCUCGCUAUUGCGAUCGCUGAGGACCUCUGGCCCAACGCUCUGAAGUACUAUGUCACGGAUCAGGCCAUCGAGGAGGUCGACUUUGACGACAGCGAGCUUGAUAUCUCAGGAGACGAGGAGGAGGACGAGAACGACCGUCCCCGCAAGAAGACCAAGGUCUAA